GUACAGAGCCUCAGUGUACAGUGCAGGCUCAGUGUACAGUACAGAGCCUCAGUGUACAGUACAGAGGCUCAGUGUACAGUACAGAGCCUCAGUGUUGUACCAAAAACCAUGAUCACUAAUGCACACUUAAUGGUUCAUGGAAACCUGACCAACAAGGCGUGACCUGCAGAAUUGAUGUGUGACUUAAUGAACAGAGAGAAGUGAGUUAGUGUGUGACAGUCAAGUGAUAUUAUUUUUCAGGUGGUGGUAACACUAGCGAGUCUCGCCCUCACCGACUAACUUCUGUCGCCUGUACCUGUCGUCCUCUGUCGUCCUUACUGGUCACCUGUUGUCGUCCUUGGUCACCUGUCGUCGUUCCUGGUCACCUGUCGUCCUCGUUGGUCACCUGUCGUCCUCGUUGGUCACCUGUCGUCGUUCCUGGUCACCUGUCGUCCUUGGUCACCUAUCGUCUUUUCUGUUCACCUGACGUCCUCAGUGCUCAACUGUCGUACUUGUUGGUCAUCUGUCGUCAUCUGUCGUCCUUACUGGUCACCCUAUCGAAUGACAGGUCCACCUGGGCAGGUGACCUGUCAUGCUUGGUUGUUGAGGUGACCUGUCCUGGGGUGACCUGUCAUAUUCACCUAGUGACCUGACCUUACUGGACAGCCUGACGUGCUUGCCUGUUGGAGUGACCUACCAUGCUCAGCUGGUGACCUGACCUGACCUCCCCGUGCCAUCAGGAUGACUCAGACGGUGGUGCUACAGUGCCUUCUCCUCCUGCUGGGCCUCUACGGCUGCUGUUCGGUCCAGGUGUAUGAAUUCCAAGCCAGCGGGGAGCAAUCUGACAGCCACUUAAUGUACGCCGAGAAACUCUCUAUCAAGCCUCUGGACGCCCUCUCCUUCUGCGUCAGGUUAAGGUUCUACUUCCUGUGGGAGGUGUCCGGCUUCCUACAAGUUUCCAAUGAAUCAACAAACCCGGCGGUGCACACUAUACAGGCAGAGGUCAACCUGAACUACAUCCGGGUAACUCUGCUCAAGUUUCGUCGGUAUUACUUCCUCAAGACCAGACUACGAGCGCUGACGUGGCACCACCUGUGUGUUACCUACGGGGACGGGGUCGCUGUCUCCUACCUGGACGGACAGGAGCACGACCAUCACGAGUUCGUCCUCAGAGAACCUAUUACAGGAAACAAGAUUAAAAUUGGUGCCUGGAAUGUUUACCAUAGCUUCAGUGGCCAGCUCUCUCAGCUCAACAUAUGGAGUCGUGCUCUGACGGCCCAGGAGGUGGCUGCCGUAGCCGAGUGUGCCACUGAUAUGGAGGGAGACGUUAUAUCCUGGAAAGGUCCCUGGACAUCUGUUGGGGAUGUGUCAACGUCUCAAGAGUCUUCUGAUGAUCUCUGUCAGGAGGCGGCGGGGAAUGAUUACUUUAUCUUCACCGACUUCACAGCUUCUUCUGCGUUCCACGUGUGUGAAGGUCUCGGUGGCUCCCUCCCGACACCUCAGUCGAAAGAAGAAUAUGAAACCCUCCUGACGGCGGUGGAUCGGUACCGCGGUGAGGGAGACAAGAUCUGUAAGCCCUUCUGGGUGGGGAUAACAGAUGACAAAGAGGAGGGAGUGUGGACGCAUAUGAAGUACAUGACACAGCUUAGUCCUUCCUGGGCCAUGGAUGAGCCAGAUGGAGACAAAUUGGAAAAUUGUGCCGUAGCGGAAGGUCCUCUCAAUUUAGCUGAUACCCGCUGCGACGACUUGCAAUGUGUGGUAUGUACAGUGCCGCGGCGGCCAGUGUGGGUGUUGCUGGGAGCCUGCGAGAGGUACCGACGCAACACACAUUUAGUUGCCCUUCAGGAGAAAUCUGGUAAUGUACUUUUCCGAGGCUACUCAGAUUAUCAAAUAAAACAAAGUGAAGAUAAGAGCGAGUGGCUUUGGUGGGACUGGCGGAAUAAUCAACCUGUAGCGAGUUUGACCAAUGCUGUAAAUGGUGUUCCAAUUGGCCGUCAAAAAUGGACUUUAAGAAAAUCCAUGUGUGGUGAGGACGUGAAGAAGACCCGUACAUUCCUUCUAACUCCAUGUAGCGCAGGCCAGUUCUCCUGCGAUGACGCCUCCUGCAUCCCUCUCUUCCAGCGAUGUGACCUCAAGUUCGACUGUCGGGACAAGAGUGAUGAGAGCGGGUGUCAGUUGGUAUGGUUCCCUCCCAUCUACCGCCCUGACCUGCCACCAGUUAUUAACAGCAACACCAAUUCAUCAGAACCUUUGCCCGUCACUCUGGGUGUUAUUAUCGAGAGCGCUGAUGUAGACACGCCCUCUAUGCACAUGCACGUCAACCUCAACGUCAGUAUGACUUGGCAAGAAGCGAGGCUCAACUUUCUUAAUCUAAAUGAAGACUACACACUCAACAGAGUACCAUAUGACAAGAUGAAGGAGGUGUGGGUGCCGGUGGUGGACUUUACUAACACUAAGGGCAUUCACAUCACACAGACGGACCACCAGGCCACCAUGGUUGUCAACAUGCAGGGCAAACCCAGCCUGGGAGACGACACCCAACCCGAGGAAUUGGAGGUGUACUCAGGCCUGGAGAACCCCAUCAGUGUGAGGAGGAAGUACAGCAUCACCUUCCAGUGUCAGUUUGAUCUCAAGAUGUACCCCUUUGAUGAGCAGUUCUGCCACAUGGAGCUGACGAUGUUGUCCGCGUCGUCUCGUCUGCUGGUGUUCGAUGCAUCGGGCACCAAGGCUAUGUACGAGGGCAACCCGCAGCUGGUCGAGUACUUCGUGGGUGACGUCGACCUUGUCUUCCACAACGACAGGGACUUCGCGGUCAUGUUCGUUAAGCUACAGCUGCUGCGACGGUCUGGUUUCAUCAUCAUGAACGUCUUCAUCCCGUCGCUGCUGCUGCUGGUCAUCAGUUACCUCACUCUCUACUUCACGCCCUUCAACUUCCAGGUCCGCGUCCUCGCCUCGCUCACCUCCCUCCUGGUCAUGGCCACACUCUUCACUCAGGCCUCUGCCUCGCUGCCCAAGACUUCCUACUUCAAAAUGGUGGACGUGUGGCUGCUGUCUAGCAUCUUCUUCAUCUUCAUCAUCAUCGUCCUCCACACUGUGAUCGACCGAGUGAGGGAGUGGGAGCCCACCCCUAAGAAAACCACCUCAAAGCCCAAGAUCGUUCUCUCGCCGGCGACCUCCGAGAAGUCGUCGACGUCCAACACCGUCCACCCCUCAGAGGGAGAGAAGGUGACUGUGGAGGAGAUUAUCGGAUUACCAGAAGUCGAGCAGCCCAGCAACAGGUGGUGGAGAAUCAUCGACAUGUGUUUGACACAAUCGACGCCGAGUUCGCUCUCAGCCUCUGCACGCACCAGACCUCUGUACGAGAAGAUCAUCCUGGGCGCCAGAGUAUUGGUCUUGGGACUGCUCGUGGUCUUCAACAUUGUUUACUGGACCAUUGUCUUGAUGUAAUCGUAUGUGGCUAAGUGCUGGAUGACUACAUUAAUGGGAGAGGACCUCAAGAUACCUUAACAAAGUAACCAGGAGUCUAUAUGGCUGAAAAGAAGUGUGGAGGCAUGAGGCUCACCCACACGUGGAGAAACACAGUUUAAUCAUUUUUCCUAUAAAAAUGGAACAAUUUUGUGUUAUAUUUAAAACCCGACACUAUACGCGGAGUGACAACAUUCAUCUCGCAUUGCAAACUUGCCAAGAAUAUUAAUGUGUCCCCGUGACCAUCUUGUGAUGGUGGGAAUAACUUCACUGAGGAUGCGUGGACACUGUUUGGUGAAUUUGUUAGUGUGAACAAUGUCUUGGGGAUCAUAUUUGGCAAGAAACAUAAACAGACACCCCACACACUCUGAUGGGGCGCACUUUAUUGACAUCAUUGAGAUUUACUGGACAAAGUGAUGUUCCCUUUAAUAUUUUUUUUCAUUGCUUACCGACAACUGUAUCCAACUGUAGCGUUUAGUCAACAAUAAUAUUAACUAUAUCACUUUAUAUCUGUGAUGCAAUUUACUCAGCGAUUUCCUAAAGUGAGUUAUUGAUGAUGGUACCAGAGAAACCUUAAACCAUUUAUGUCUUAAACCUAAAUGUAGGAAACGAUUAUAUAUGUUAUUUAAUUCUAGACAAUAAUUAGGUUAAGUGAGAGACAUGUGUUUCGGAGUCGUGUAAAUACUGAACUCGCUCUUGUAAGCCUGUGGCAUGAUAGAACACACCUGAGACCGGAUACAAACUACCCCGGCCGAGAUUUUUUUCCAUAAUUUAAGCGAAUUACUAAUGAGUAUUGCAGGUCUUGGAAGAAGGUACUUGUUCCCUUAUUCUUUAUCAAGACUAAUAGUGUAAAUAAUGUUGGUCUGGAGGAUAAUAUUUGUUGCUCAGUCGUUAUCCAGAUCAGCUGAGGUAACUUAAAGACCUCCUAGGAGUCUUAGUGAGAGAAGUGAUCAGCUGCGGUAACUAUAAGACCUCCCGGGAGUCUUAGUAUUAGAAGUAAUUUAUUCUUUAUCAGUGUCUUGUUCUAUUGUCCCUCCAAUUUUGUUCCAUAGAUAAAUUAUGAUGAUACUAUUAAAUAAAUAAUGAUGGAACAAGUUAGACUUCUUCUUUUGUUUAGAGAAGGAAAGAAAGGAAAUUAGCAGACAUCUGGGGACUUUUGUUGUGUUCUAGAGAGGAAGGUCAGGGAAGACUUGGAUGAUUUAGAGUGUGUGGCUGGGACAUGGAUGAAUAAUACAGGAGAAAGGCAUUACCUGAGGAUUACCCCUCUAUUUCAUUCCUUUAUCAUUGUCUUCUAACCCAACCUAACCUAACCUAACCUAACCCUUCUGGUAGAAUUAGGGGGUUUUCAUCAGGUGAAACAAACAGGAUAGCUAAUCUACUGUGACUUUGACCUCCAAUUGUGACCUUUGGGUUCACCAGUCUGAAUCUCGGGGUUCGUGGAUCGGGGGAAGAGGAGAACUGAGGACUUUAGUAGUUGACUGUACAGUACACUUAAGAUUAAAAUAUAUACAUUUCUAGACGGUAAAGCAUAAAGCUACAGCCCUGUGAGUCAAAACAUAACAAAAUAUCACAAUAUUAUGAACAGGAAGAUACUGUACAAAACAGUGAGGCCUUAAUGUGUAUCCAUGAUUAAACGAGGGAGAGUAGAGUCAGUAGUCUCACACGAGUCGAACCCAAGUGUGGAAGAGACUGAAACACACAAGAGAGAAGGUCGUGAAGGAUAGCUUGAGAAAUGUUUGAAUUAUGUGGAAAGAUAGGAGUGAAUAAAAUAGAGGAAAGGGGGAGAAAGAGAGGCAGGAAAUAAGAAAAACUGACAGAAAGGGAGAUGGAAAGAAAAGACCAAGUGGUGUACCGAAGGAAAGAGGGACUGUUAGAUAGGAAGAAUAACUGACUAGAAGAGAUGAGGUGGUAUAAGGGAAGGUCAAAGGUUAUACGGGUAAAAGAGCAUGCCUUCGUAAAUAGUAUCGAGUAUAGAAAUAGUUUAAAGGUACACAUAUAUACAGUGGCGUGUGUAUUACCUAUAGAAAUUUAAUACAAUGCGAAUUACGACAAACAAAUACUCACCAAAUUGUAUUAUUGUGUAAAGAAACAGACACCAGUAUUAUUUAGCCAGAAACAUAUUUUAUAUAAUCUUCUCAAUAAAAGGUAAAACCCUAUUGUGUGUUUGUAGACGGACUGGUCGAUGUGGUGUGAUGUUGCUAUAAAGACAGUUGAACAAUGUAGUAAGACUUUUACUCUAGUUAAAUAAUAUCAGUGUAACUUUGACACAAUCUGUAACGAAAAAGGUAAUUAAUUAUACACGGCAUUACAGCGCCUUUCACUUUCACUGCUGGAAUCGAUUCUCAAGAGUGUCCCUCGUCGUGUAGUUGUAACCGCUCUGUUUUGGGUAGUAGAUCUAAUGACGCUAGAUAGAGUUGCUCUUUCAUACAUGAAUACGAAAAAAACUAAAUAACUGACACGACACUGAAGAAACGAAAGAAGGUCUUUACGUUAACACAUUUGUGAGGAUUAUUUCACUGGGAUUUAAUGUAUAUAUAUAAGACAAAAUUAAAAAAACCUUAAACUCAGUAUAUAUAACACACACACACACACACUGGUGGGGACAGCUGCUUGUAACAGUGUCUUAAACUUAGAUAUUUAUUGAUAACACCCUUUUUUGUGGUAUAUUUUACCUAUACCAUAAAAACCAUUAGCUUUUGAAAGAAUCCAAGUAGUUAUUUUACUAAUCACACCUUUUUUAUGAUAUAUAUAAAUUUUGUUCAUUAUCGCACAAAGUGAUUGAGGUACAGAUUCAUCCUUGUAAUGAUACAAAUAUUGACUGAUAUCGUAUGCCUGUUUUUCUACAUAUUGUGGUAAAUAAAUAACAAGGUUUAUUUAUCUUCACUAACGAACUCAAUAAACUAAUAAAUACUG